GUCGCAGACAGAGGAGAAGCUACUUUAGCUUAGCCUUCCUCUACCCGCUCACCAUUUGAACACGUACAACUUCCAGUGUAGCUGUAAUGGUUUGACCAAACCUCCAGCAUCUCCUGACUGUUAGAGGAGGUAAACGGUGUUUUCUAAACGACGGAGCAGCCAGCGCGCCACCGACUGAAGGCACCAUGUCCAGCCGUCUGGCCUUUCAGACCCAGCUGGCCUCCAUCAUGGAGGUCCUGGCUAAUGCAGCUGUGGCGGAGAUCUGUAAGCUGGUGGACGACGACUAUGCGGUGGUGAGCCUCCAGAUGUCUCAGUGCCAGAGAGAGAACAAAGCCCUGAAGAGGAAGCUGCAUCUGCUGGAGCUGAAGAUGGCCCGGGGAAACGCCGAGAGGAGGCUCCGGGAGAGCGCCAUGAACAGCAGCCGAUCCAAGGUGCAGAUCAACAGCAGCGACAGGCUCCGGGAGUCCUCCCCCUCCACCGGUGGUGUGUUUGAGCGACGGAUGGAUGUAGCUCUGUGGUCUGACAGAGCGGCUGCAGGUGAAGCAAGCGGCGAGCAGAUCCAUUCUGUCAGCAUCCAGAGUAAGUCUCCAGACGUGGAGCUGGUGGAGCCGGAGGCGGUACUGGUGAAGCAAGAGAAGGUGGAGGCAGACAUGUCCAGAGUUGAAGAGACGGAAGAAGACAUGCCGCUUAUAGGAGAUGAUGGAGUGGUGGAGUGUGUCCCUCGUGGAUCUGCAGGACAGAGACCCAGCCUUGAACAACAAGACACCCAGUCCACCACCAUUCAGUCCCGGUCCCAGAUCCAGAGCAGCCGGAGGCACACGGGCAGCAGCAGCAGCAGAGGAGUGGAGAAGGAGGAGGAGCCGGAUGUGGUGCUGGUGAAGGUGGAGGAGGUGGAGGCGGUGACGGGGACUCAGAGCCAGACAGGCCUCAGCAUACAGGAAGGGUUGGUGGAGUCGAGCACAGAUGACUACAGAGCAGUUCUACCAUUUGAUGAAAUCACGCAAACUUCCACCAAUCACCUGUCUGAGCUGCAGGAGUCUGGGCGGGGCUUCUCAGAGUCUGCAGCACCUCAGUCGACGCCUGUGAUAUCUCUAGACCCCAGCAGCUUCGUGGCCGUCCAGCUGAGGGUACCGGACACCAACACACCAGCCAACCCCAAAACACAACCGCAGCAGAGACCCAGUAACAACCCUCUCAGCUCUGAAUACUCUCUGUUCGAACUGGAGACAUUCUUCAACCGCUGGGCCCCUGAUAACGAGUCUGUAUCGGCCCACGGUGGCCCCCCGUGUCCUUUCACCACUGAUGACUCAGCAGAAGGUGACCAGGAUGGAGUUAUUAUUGUAGAGAGUGAAACUAAAGCUCAACCUGUGCUUCAGGCACCACAAGGCUCCGUGUCGUCAGCAGGGAGGAGGAGCGGAGGACAGAGUUUCUCCUCGGUUCAGAUCCAGCCGUCUGCGUCACAAGCCCUGACAGCGGAGCCGUCUGGGUCCAUACCUCUGAGGAUGCAGGCUCCGUUCUCUCAGCCUCCAUGGAGCAGGAAACCAGUGAUGCUAAGAAGUGAACAGAAUCAACCACAGCAGCACAGCAUCCCCUCUGCAAAGACCACCGCACUGUCCUCCACGGCCGCUGUCACCAACACUCACACUGAUAACACAACUCUCUGUGGUAUCAGCUCAACCAGCAGGACUCUGAGCUCCACAGUGGCUCCAUCUGUCAGAGGAUCCACAGCAGUGCUGUGCAGCAUCGCCCUCGCUGCGCAGCAUCGAGCCAGCCUCCAGGCUCGCCACACUGACAGCCAGGCCGUGAGCAUCGUGCCCUGCGAGCGUCGCCGGAAGAGCUACAUAUGCCGAACCUGCGGCAAGGCUUUCUCCGGCCUGUCCAACCUGGAGUCCCAUGAAAGAGUCCACACGGGGGAGAAACCCUUCCGCUGCGACACCUGCGGGAAACGCUUCUCAGAGGCUGGCAACCUGAAGAAGCACCAGAGAGUUCACACCGGGGAGAAACCCUUCAGCUGUGAGCAGUGUGGAAAGAGGUUCGCUUGGAUCUGCAACCUCAGGACGCACCAACAGUCUGCCACAGGCUGUGGACUGCAGGCCAGGGGGGGACUGGGACUGGGCUGAACACAGAGUGGACAGAGGGGGACAGGACUGUUAGUGAUAGUAGCAUUUUAUUCACACACACGCACACACACACACACACACACACACACACACACACACACAAACACAGCAACAUUGCCAUUUACUCAUUCUUAAAUUGUGAUGCAGCAACAAUACAAAGUGUGGAACAAUGCCUUUUAUACUUUCCACAUUUUGUAUCUGUGAUACAUGAUGAGACUCUGUGCGACUGUUAGCUCUCAGUUAGACCAAACCAGUGAUUUUCGUCAGCUACAAAUCAUACGUGCGUGACAUUCCUGCUGCUCGGUUACUGAAGUAGCUUAUGUUGUUUUAUAAUUUUAAAUAUAUUGUUCCAGGCAAAACAACAACAAAAGGAGCAGCUAGGAUUCCUUCAUUUUUUGUUGUUCAGGAGGUUUAUUUCAGAGUCGAGUUAUCCACAGAAGUCUCCUCCUCUCUAAAACAAACAGACCCGGUCAUUAAAAUCGUUAUAUAUGCCAAAAAAAGCUGUCUCAAGUUGAAAAUCAGUAUUUCUGCAAAACUGUUUGUCUUGUUGUGGAGAGGCUUUUAGCCUAGCGCCUGCUAAUGUUUGCUCGCCGGUUCUCUCUGAUAGUGAUUUUAAAAUUUGUUUAAAAAAUGUCUGAUAAAUCUACCUUCUCCCUUCCUUCUACCUUCGGGAGAUUUUUAGGGGUAGCUGAACUGUCUGUGGAGGUCUCCUCCUCUCCAAAACAAACAAACCAGGUGAACACAACCGUUUUAUACACCAAACAAAGCAGUAUCACUUUAAAAAUCGAUGUUUUUCCAAUGCUGUCUGGUUAUUACGGAGGGGCUCACCCCUUUUCUCUGAUCAUUUCAGAUCCAGACAUUCACAAGGUUUUUACUAGGAGCUGAAUUAUCCACAGUGGUCUCUUCCUCUCCACAACAAACAAACAAAUGAUUAGAACCUCUAAAAAUACUGAAUAAAGCACUUUCAGCUGUUGAUGCUGUUUGCUCAGCCAGUUUCUUUGAUAACUGAAGACCAAGAUGUCAGGAGCUGGUUGCACCAACUGGUCUUUACUAAGCCUGGCCCUCACUGCUAAGCCGGUCUUUGUUGAGGGCAGUCUUUAGAACAGACUUUACAUCUGUUGCACAAACCAAACAUAUGCCAAGUCUUAGCUACGCCCAGUCUUACUGGGAAAAAGGCUUUAGCCUGGACGGUGCGACCGGCUUGACAAUCAGGUCAGACUUGGCCUAACUGGCCCCUGAUGGCUGAAAUCCUUCAUCUGGUUCAAAUAUAUAGUUAACAACCAAGAUCUAAGUAGGGUAUCAUAAACAUUUGGCCUUAAACUAGAGAAGAAGUCAAUUAACAGCUUCUUGCAUACAACCACAACCCUGACACAUGACGCCACUGACGGACAACAGUGACACGGAUUGUGUCCUUGACUAAAACUACAAAUUUCUAUGGUUCUGAACAUCGUUGUUAACUUUUAGAACAGUGUAAAAACACAACUCAACAGAAUAAUAUUUUACAUUACAUUAGUCAUUUGUAGACAUUUUAACGCAUAAAAGUAAUAUUUUUCUACCUGAAAUGCCGUUUGUAGUGCAGUUGGAGUUGAGCGUCAGCUCUGCAGUACACCGCAACAAUUAGCUGACUUAUACAACAUCAGACAUGAUGUUCACCGUGUCUUUUUUUCCAAGUGUCUGCAGGUUGAUUCUCAUGCUUUACAGAAAUGAAGUGAGACUAAUGGCGGCCUGGAUGGGAGAGAAAGCACACUAAAAGAUCCGGCAGACUUUGAUAUGCUUUGGGAAAUUGUUGGGAGUCAUUUUUCCAAUUAACUCCUGUUAAAUUAGCUUAAAUAUUGUCUGGUCUUCCCUUAAACUUGUUCCCAAAAAUACCCAGGUGUUGUUCCAUCGCCAGUUAACCCUUUCCGCUGCAAACAGAAAAGUUUAUUUUAAUAAAAUAUAAUCAUUCUGUACUUAGUAAUACAAGUGAUACAACAUUUCUACAAUGGAUUAAACACAAAGAACAAAUACAUAUUUUAAUCCGACAUCCAUGUUUUUAUACUGUGGGGAUGAAGUGUUCAUGGUGCCAGCCCAAGCCAAAAUCUUGUCAUUGUGGAUGGCAAAAUGAUCCCGGAAAUAAUUGUGUUUUCAUAAAUGUAUAAAUUUCGAGCCAUUGGUAAACACCGUAAACAAAUGAGACCAAUCUCAUUGUUAGAGUUCUCUUUCAGCCCUGCAGUCCAAACAAAAGACACUGGGAUGUAGCUUUCAGGGUUUUCUGGUCUUACUUUUGAGAGACACCACAGGUAUAAUUCCACAGGUGAGAAAGUUGUGUCAUAAGUUGUUAACAGUAGUCUCAAUAAAUCUGACAGUGAUGCCCUCGAGGUGCUACUUCAGUUUUUCUCUUUA